GCAUAAGACCACACUUUGUUUCAUUAAAACGAAUGUAGGUAGAUGCCGGUGAAAAUUCGCGCUGGUAAGCCACAGUGUUAUCAAGGGGAGCUGCUGCUCAAGAAGCCUCCUGGUGACCAUACCGUUACCAUGAGUCUAUAAAAGAGCUCAGGGAAUUGCCAUUUCACCGCUCCUUCACUGUGAGCUCCAGACUGCUUGCCAAGAUGUCAAACGAAAAAGCACUGUCGGAUUUGCGCGCCAAACUGGGCAAAAAGUAUCUAGACAAUGUCUACGUUAAGCUGCUUCAGGAUGCCAGAGCGCCAAAGCUGGACGUACGAGACUUGUACGUUAACUUGACCAUCGUGCAGCAGCGAGAAGUGAAGAAAGUUUCGAAAACUGCUAACAGUUCGCAUAGCGAGGAGGCUCUCUUUCUCCAGUUAGGCAAUGCAAAAGAUCGUGACGAGCGUGUUGCAUUGUCGGACAUAUUUGCAUCAGCCAAGGAAUCUAGCUGCUCGUCGUGUCCCGUCCAUACCGUCGCUUUAGUAGGUCCAGCAGGAAGUGGUAAAACAAUGGCGGUGACUAAGAAGCUACCGUUGCAGUGGAUUGAUGGAGAGACGCUGAAGAACACCGUUCUGGUGUUCAUUAUCACCGUGCGUAGCGUUCACGAGCGACUGCGUGGAGUGGCCAAGGAUCGGGUGGCCUCCACACGCGCGCAGAGUCUGGAAGAGCUGCUCCGGAGUUCAGCACGAGAACUGGACGAUGACGAUAUUGGAACAGUGAUGGAGUUCCUUCGUCAUAACGCUGACUGGGAGAAGGUCUUGUUUGUUAUUGACGGCAUAGAUGAGGGCUGCAUCAUGGAUAGCGUACUCUACAGGCUAAUCACAAGAGACCUGGAGGACAUCUCACCGUACUAUCUACUAUUACUCACGGCUAGGCCCUGUCCAACCAUACACUGGCUGUGGGAGGUGGGCGACAUCGAUCGAUACCUCUCGCUGCGCGGAUUCGACCAGGUGUCGCGCGCGGACUUCUUCGAGCGCUACGGCUCUCUGCACUACGGUCCUGAUUGGUCGUCGAUGCGUCGCAAUCUCACAGUGUUCCUGCGUAAGCUGGACUCAUUGCACGUGGGACGCCUCACCUAUCUUCCUUUUAUGGCCACGUUGUGCGUACACGCCAUGCCCAGAGCGGAUCCGUCCAGCUUGCCACACUGCGCCACGCAGCUGCUCCAGCUGCUCGUCAUGGCGUUGCUGAAACGUGAUCUACGCAGUGGUCCGGGUGGCUCGCGACAGUUCUCCCAGUUCGCUCACCUACGCGGUCCACAGCAGGAAGCAAUGCAAGAGAUGGCUGCAUUCGCCUACAGGAUGACCGCUGAGAGAGCAAUGGUGGUGGAAGAUGAUGGUGACGACUCGCCAUGGAGCGGCCUCGCUGCUGAUGUCAGCGAAGAGUUUGAGUCACUGAUCUCCUGCCUAACCCUGACAUUUGACGAGACGGGCACAGAACAAUCACUGACGAUGCGGCAGUUCGUUCAUCUCACCAUUCAAGAACUGCUCUGUGCCUAUCAUAUCGUCCGGCAACUCCAGGAAGAAGACGGCACCACUUCCUUCUGCGAGUGUUUCUCGGCGGUUGUCCGUGCUACGAACUUCGGCGAACAGUUCACACACCUUCUAGUCUAUGUGUCUGGCCUGGCACCGCCCGGUCAGCAUGCACUAGUCUUGCACACGAUCAUGACGCUCAUAUAUCGUGAGGAUCAGGAACUGCCAUCGGUCUUGACACGCAGCAAGCGCACAUUGAUGCUUUUCAAGAUGCUAAGCGAGGCAUACCAAGCUACAACAGGCCUGCGACAGGAACACGCUGUGGACAUCAAGGAAAUGUCAUGCUCAUCAUGGGCAGCCAUUGCCACGGCCAUUGCCAUGUUCGCCUCAAACUGGGUACAAAUACCCAUGGAGCGUAACUAUCAGGAGUCGGACGCUUCCGACGCCAUCGUCGCAAUUCGUCUGGCCCCUGAUCAGUUCACUGGCGUACGUCAUAUCUUCGCAGGUAGAUGUCACUCCGUAACCAGUACCGAGGUAUACGAUACCCUGUUGCAGUGCCAACGAAAUUGCAGCACGCUAACUCUUCGCCUGACGAAAGAGGACGAUGAUCGUGAUGGCCUUCGUACCCUUUCUAGUCUCGUGGCUGGAUCGAGAUUACUACGUGAGGUAGACAUGAAGAGUGACAAUCUUCACGCCUUCCGCAUGGAAUCUCUGGAACGCGUCGCUGCAGCAUUCGAAUCAACUGAAUCGCUGCGCACAAUUCGUUUCCAAUAUGCGCUGCUGGAGGAUACCACGCUUCAUCGCAUCAUGACAGCGAUCUCGUCGAGCAACAAGCUCCAGAAGUUGUCGAUCGGAAUUAUUAGUGAAAAGCUGUGGUCAACAAUGUGCAGUCUAAUCAAGGCAUGCUCAUCUAUUACCCAUCUGCACGUCGAGAUCCUGUGGCGAUCGUCGAUAAACGUCAGCGCACAUAGUCGCAGGCUAUGCCAAGCGCUUGAGUGCAACACGUCUCUCAAAGAAUUCGCCAUUCUGGGCUCUGAUCAAAGGAGAUCGAAGGACACGAGGCCACUAGCAAAUGACCUGGUCUCCGUCUUUGCAGCUCAUCCGACGAUAGAACUCUUCUGCUUGGGAUGCCGCUUCCUCAACUUGCGCAACGAUUCCCUCGUGGAGGCCAUGGACAGACUAAUCACAAGACUGGCAUCACAGGAGAAAUUCGGCAAGCGCCCUUUUAAGACACUCGUGAUAAUUCGCAGCGGGAACAUCGCAGACGAAGGAAUCCGCCGCUGUCUGGAGCUAGUGCAAGCUUCCCCGGGUGUGACACUUCAGGUUGAUUCCAUGUACGACGGAGGGAUAUCAGACGAACUGCCCAGCCUGCGUGACAACUUUCCUUUCUUCCUAUCAAUCAGCAGCAUUUGGUGGCGUAAAGAUUCUCAUCAUCCACGAUAUUCAUCGAAAGGUCUGGACGAACUCGCAACCAUGCUCGAACCCGAGAGAACACAGAAGGAACACGACGCAUCCAAUGAAGCCAACGCGAAGACAACAGCUGAGCACCAGGAAGAUGACCCCUGGCUACAUCCCUACUAUCUUGAUCACUAUCGCGAUCGCAUUCUCUGCAUUGAUCCGGAGUUACUGCGCCUCUCCACGCAAUCGCAAGGUCUGCUGGACAAUAGCCAGUAUGUGGACCUUCGCACAGUGCAGUCGGCUGGUGCACUGGUGCACAAUCAGAGAUGCCUGGAGUACGCACGCACCUUCACGAAGGUAGUCGAUGGUGCCGGUGCAACUGACGGUCAUGAUGGCCCGGCGAGCGGCAGAAUGGAGGCUCUGAGUGAGCCUGCUGAGUCGUUCCAGCGCCUACUCCGUGCACUGGAACACAUGGGCUAUAGAGCAUUACGCGUGGAGAUGGAAGAACGCAUGUUCAAGUUGCACCCGGACACUGGUGUUCCAACGCUGCAGAUGGAUGACGCAAACAAACCGGUGGAUCCGUGGCAGCAUGAAGGCUUCGACAUGCGUUUCCACGCCUGGAUUCUGUCCCUGCCGUCUGGCACGCUCCGUGCCCACUCGCAAGCCCAUGGAAUGCUCACAUUGUUCAUGGUCGCCUCGCUCGUCUCCGUGGAGAGCAGGCGAGGAUCGCUGGCUCACAACGACACCUACCUCAUCUACAUACGACCGAAUGGCGUGCAGUCGUUUGUCAAGUUCUUGAACGUCAUCCAGGGCAACCCUCUGUACAGGCUCCGAGUGAAGGAGAUGAGCUGCUUCUUGCCAGUCGACUUACAAGAGCCAUUCCUUGAGGAUUCAGAUAACGAAUGAAACGCAUGGAGUGUGUUCCAACAUGCUUCAUCUGAGACAGAAGACGAGCAGAUGUUGCUACUGGCCCGCGCCGCAGAACGCGAUUCCGAGAGGUCACGUGGUUUCAACGUGUUCACCAGCUGCGCCAAUCCCUCAAGGCAUAAUGUUGCUGUUCGCGGAAGCUGUGCCGAUUCCGUGCACAAUUAUUUGAUAACAGUUAGCAGGCAACGAGGUAUCAGCACUGCAACGCACCACCUCCUCGAUCACUAGGAACGCAAUCCAGACGUCUGCUAAAAUACCUAGAGAGCCUGAUGUACAUUGUACAUAAUAACUGCAGCUAAUGCUCAUCCAUUUUCAUGAUAUCUUCAGAGUUUGGCGGGCGCGUCAUCUGUUAUCACGUGAACUUUAUUCUGCCUAGAAUACGAGUAUUCAGUAUCUUCGUGGCAUGACAGUGACAGAACAAUUCGAUGAACUUGAAUUUUGUUGAUAAUGGUUUCACCGUUCUUGUGUUUCCUGUAUCUUUUUUUUACUCUUUUCGGCUAGUGUGGCCAAUGGUGUAUUCACUUCGUCUUCGUCUCUCUCGUGAGACACAGGAAAGUUGAUACUGUUAUUGGGGUGUGAGUCCGCCUCUCCUGAA